AUGGUGAAGCGUUUGGGGUUCUUUUUGAUCUGGUUUCAGAAAUUAGGAAAAGAAGAGGACGGGACCGCGAGGACGGUGUCCGUAUGCCCCAACAGCAUAGUCUCCUCCUUCAACGUCGAGUUCUCCGCCGUCGCCGUCGCCGCUGCCGAAGCCGCCGCGUUCGCCGACGAUGGGGAAGCGGAAAGGGCAUCUUCGAGGGCCAGCGAUGAGGACGAGAAUGGGAACUCGAGGAAGAAGCCGAGGUUGUCAAAGGAGCAGUCUGCGUUCUUGGAGGAGAGCUUUAAAGAGCAUAAUACUCUCAACCCGAAGCAGAAGGUUGCUCUUGCUAAGCAGCUUAAUCUGAGGCCAAGGCAAGUGGAAGUUUGGUUUCAAAAUAGAAGAGCAAGCUACUUCUUAUGAAGAGAGGAGGACGGGUCAUAUAUGGAGGCGCGCUUGGUACAAACUCACAAAUUAUGAUGAACUACUUUCAGGUUGUGUUCCUUUAUGCAUUUUAUGUACCACUGAUCUGACUAUGACUUUUAGGUUAGUAGAAAGAGUAUCCAUGCAAUGCUGCCCGUGCUAUUUUUUCCUUCAUCAAAUAAUACAGCUCAAUACGAAAUG